UGGAUUUCUUCGGAGCUAGACGUCCGUCAUCUUACUUAAUCGUGCGUGGCCCGUCCGUGUGCAAAUAUCGUGAAGAGAUUUAUUAUUAUUUUUACUAUAACACAAUAAUUAUAUUAUUACCAGUCAUAUAGUCGCCGCAGUUGCUUCCUCUACCGCGCCAUCGUCGGCAAACCGGAUCUGUGAGCUGUGUGUUUUACGCAUUUUCAGUCUAUAGUUACCGGAUUACUUAGUUUCAUAAUGCGACUAAACGAUUUUCAAUUAGCGUAAUUGUGUACACCUACCAUCACGAGCGACGGAACACGGUUGUACAACGCGUGAUCAAUAUUAUUGUUUCGGUUGACCGAUCGGGUCAUGUGUGUUAUCAAUAUGUGUGUAUGAAGUAACGUGCGCCUGCACAGGAUCGUGUGUCUCAAACAUAACAAUAAUGUCUCAACGAUCAUCGGCCAGAGGUACGAGUUCGCUUGACGGCCGGUCGUUGUAAAUCCAAAAAUCUCGCGUUCACCUCCUUACCCAGCUACAGUUGCUGUAUAUUAUUUAUUGUAACGAUGGCCGCAGUGCAGAUGGUGUGUCCGGGGCUACUGCUGCACACGGGUCGUGACAUUGUUGUUACCUAAAAAUAAUGACCUGCGCGAUUAUCUUGUUGCGGUGGUGAGCUCGUUGCCGGCGACCUUAUGCGGGCGACCCGGGUUGGCGGUAGACUUACAGCGGCUGAGGAGGUCACUGGUUGCGGCCGGCAACGCGGCAGCGGAGGACGUGUCGACAGCGUGACCGCGGCAGUCUGCAAGAUGCGCUCGGUGUCGGUGGCCGUACUCGUGGUGACGGUCGGGUGGAUGCACGUGGCCGACGGGGCCAGGCAGCUGCAGGGCCAGUACAACACCCCGUACCCGGACAUAUGCCCCAGUGAAAUAUAUUGUAAAGGGGAGCUGCUCGAUGACAUACAAAUGCAGCAGAUGUAUCCGGAUUCGAAGACAUUUGUCGAUAAAAAACUGCUGCGAAGCGAAGCAGUGAUCUUAGACACUUAUCGAAAGCUGAAGCAAAGGAAUGGCGGCCGAGUGCCACCACGGCCUGUGCUCGCCAAGUUUGUCGAGGACAAUUUUGGCGACGAUCCUUUGGUCGAAUGGGUGCCGCCCGAUUUUGUUGACAGCCCAUCAAUCAUUAAUUACGUUCAGGAUCAAAAUUACAAGCUCUGGAUACUGCAGUUAAAUCAAAUAUGGAAGAGGUUGGCUCGGAGGGUAGACGAGGAUGUAAAAAACAAUCCCGACAGACAUUCUUCCAUUUAUUUACCAAACGGGUUUUUCAUAGCCGGCGGAAGGUUUACAGAAAUGUAUUACUGGGAUUCUUAUUGGAUCAUAAGAGGUGUUAUCCUAUGUGAUAUGAAGGAAUCGGCUAGGGGAAUCAUACAAAAUUUUCUCUAUCUAGUGCACAAGUACGGCUACGUACCGAACGGCAGUAGAAUUUACUAUUUAAUGAGAUCUCAGCCACCACUUUUAAUUCAAAUGGCAGCGUCUUACUAUACGUACACGGAGGACUUAGACUUUAUCGAGAAAAACAUCCAGUAUUUGGAAUCGGAGUUUAACUUUUGGUUGACCAACCGUACGGUGAAAGUCGAACGAAAUGGUAAUGUCUACUUAAUGGGACAGUACAACACACACACAAAGGAGCCUCGUCCAGAAUCAUACUUCCAAGAUAAGACAUUGGCCAUGCAUCUUCCCAACGAAGAAGAUAAAAACGAACUUUAUUCGAGACUGAAAGCCGCUGCUGAAUCUGGAUGGGAUUUUUCUACGAAACAUUACAACAAUUUCGGACAAAACACUGGUGAUUUAGCCAAUACGGAUCCACAGAACUUUAUAUAUGUGGAGUUAAACGCUAUUCUCCAAGCUAAUGCUGUCGUUCUAGCUCACAUGUUUAAACUACUGGGAAACAUAGAAAAAUACAAAUAUUACAACGAUAUAGGAAACCGUUUUCAAAUUGGAAUAAACGCCUUGUUAUGGAACGAAGAGGAAGGGAUUUGGUUAGAUUACGACCUUACUACAAAAUCCAGUCGAAAAUAUUUUUAUACAUCAAACUUUGCACCCUUGUGGACUGGAAGUUACGAACGAAAACUCCGGGCUUACUAUGGAAAACGUGCAUUGGACUAUUUACUAGUUAACGGCGUCAUCAAUCAAGAUGGUACCCCUCGACUCAUUUGUGUUCCGACGUCGAAUGUUAAUUCAUCGCAACAAUGGGAUUACCCCAACUGUUGGCCACCCCUUCAAGCCAUGGUCAUACAGGGCUUAGACCGUACCAAGUAUAAGCCCGCACAAACCGUAGCGUUAAAUUUGGCAAAAUCGUGGAUAAACACCAAUUACGUUGGUUAUGCCAACAGUGGAACAAUGUUUGAAAAAUAUAGCGCACUUGAAGUGGGUACUACCGGCGGAGGAGGAGAGUACACACCCCAGACGGGAUUUGGAUGGACGAACGGAAUCGUUUUUGAGUUAUUCCGCAGAUGGGGAUACUUAUUCAGUUCUAACUGAACUUCGAUCCAACUAACUACAAUCCAGCUGAACGGUUGUACAGGCCAUACAAUGUUUUUUGUGUGGAUUUUGUAUUUUUCAAAUCGGUCCGUUUGUCGUUUCAAACUAAACGAUUGCGACGACGACGACGAUGAUGUACAGGGCCAAGUUCGAACAUAUUUAUUGUUUCAUUUUAAAUAUGCUCAUAACGUUGUAAAAAUAUAAAUAUAAAAAUAUGUUAUAAACAGUUAAAA